AGAAAAACUAUGUCGAGAAAUAGUAUCAAAAUAUCUUGGACCACCAUCUAAAAUACGCCGACCUGAUUUCUUAAAAACACCUAAAUAUUAUCAAGGAUUAGAGCUUGAUAUUCCGUAUUAUGAUUAUGGUUUUGCCAUUGAAGUCCAAGGGGAGCAACACGAAAAAUUUAAUAAGUUCUUUCAUAGAGGUGAUCCCAAUAACUUUAUCAAACAGCAGGAACGAGAUCAACUCAAGAAAGAAUUAUGCGAAGAAAACCGGAUUGCCUUAAGGUAUGUUUGGUAUUACGAAGACCCAUAUACUGGUUAG